AUGACUAGCGCAGCGCAACAAGCUACGCAGAAUCUGCUGGCCAGAGCGCAUUCUCCUGAUAGCGCAAAUCGCAUCUAUUCAGAGAAGAUACAACACCGUCCGCUUCACCUUCGACCGACCUCUCCUCCGCCAGCUACCAUCAAUGCCCGCGCCGCACGCCGAAAGACUCGCCAAGACAAGAAAGAGAAGCAGAAGCAAAGGCCCAAGCCGCUAUCAUCAAGGGAAAAGAGAAAUUUAGGUCUUCAUGAUAUACCCAAAGAUGGCCAAAAAUAUCACAUCUACGAGCCUUUGAGCCAGUUGUGGCUAGGAUAUGCUCAAGAGCUGCUUGGAAAUGACAUCUUCACCGGAGGGCCUAGCGCAGCAGUAAAGCUGGCGAGCGCUGAGUUUCAUGGUGCUCCUAUCAAAGUUGUGCGAAGCCAUUGCCCGGGCCGAGUUGGCAUCCAAGGAAUUGUUGUCCGAGACCGCAAGUUUGUCUUCGAGAUUAUAACCAAAAAGAGGGGAGUCAAGGUCGUCCCCAAAGAAGGUACUAUCUUCCUAGUUGAAGUCUCAAUCAAGGAAGAAGCCACGAGUGACGAAAAGGGUCCUCAGAAGCAGUUUGCUUGUGAGAUCCUCGGAGAUCAAAUGAUGUUGCGAGCACCAGACCGGGCGAAUAAGAAGUUCAAGGCCCAUUUUCUUACCAAUAUCUGA